AUGGAGACCAGGCGCCGGGCGGCCCCACGGCAAGUACUGCUCCUCGCCUGCUUCUUCCCUUUGCUCUGCCGCGCGGCCCCGGAGCAGACUCGCUACUCGAUCCCCGAGGAAAUGGCCAAAGGCUCCCUCGUGGGGAACCUCGCCCAGGAUCUGGGGCUGGAGCUGAGGGAGCUGCCGCUGCGGAAGCUCCGUGUCAGUUCGGAACAGCAGCACUUCAGUGUGAAUGGGGAGAACGGGGACUUGUCUGUGAAUGGCCGCAUAGACCGGGAGGAGAUCUGCGGGGAGACUCCGCUUUGUGUGCUGACGCUGGAAACGGUGGUGGAAAACCCUCUGAACGUUUUCCAUGUGACUGUAGCGAUCCAGGACAUUAAUGAUAACGCCCCGCGGUUCCUUAAAAAUAACAUCGCUUUAGACAUUAAUGAAUUCGCACAGCCUGGUGCGCGAUUUCCGCUGGACCCUGCUCAGGAUCCGGAUGUAGGAACCAACUCCCUACAGAGCUACCGGCUUAGUUCCAACCCCUAUUUUGGUCUGGAAGUGAAGGAAAAUCCGGACGGCAACAAAUACGCAGAAUUAGUGCUGCAGAAACCGUUGGAUCGGGAAAAAGACAGAUCCCUUCAUUUAGUCCUUGCCUCUGUGGACGGCGGAGCACCAGUGAAAACCGGGACAGUUGAGAUUAAUAUUAACAUCACUGAUGCUAAUGACAAUCCCCCCAUGUUCCCUGAAAAACUGUACAAAGUCAGCGUGAGAGAGAAUCUUCCGAAGGGCACGUUGGUGCUGCAAGUGAAAGCCACGGAUGCCGAUGAAGGUACAAAUGCGCAAAUCACCUAUUAUCUCAGCAACCUGCCGCAGAGCGCGCAACGACUCUUCGCCUUGGACCCUGGAAAUGGGCGGAUCACAACACAGGGCACGCUGGACUUUGAAGAAAAAAGCAGCUACACAAUUGGCGUGGAAGCCCGGGAUGGGGGCGGUCUGACGGGCCACUGCAAAGUUCAAAUAGAAAUUCUCGAUGAGAACGACAACGCCCCUGAAGUGACGCUCACAUCCGUGUCCAGUCCCGUUCCCGAAGACUCGGUGCCCGGGACAGUGAUCGCGCUGAUCAAAGCCCGGGACCCAGACGAUGGAGGAAAUGAAGAAGUCACGUGUCGCAUUCAAGAUAAUCUGCCGUUCAAAAUAGUGUCCUCCUCCAGUAACUACUACAAGCUGGUGACGGUCAGCACCCUGGACAGGGAGCGGGCCCCGGAGUACAACAUCACAAUCACGGCCACAGACAAGGGCUCCCCCCCGCUCUCCACCCAGAAAACCAUCCUCUUGCAGAUCUCGGAUGUCAAUGACAACGCCCCUGUCUUCGAGAAACCUUCCUACAGCGCCUACGUGCCCGAGAACAACCCCUCGGGGGCCUCCAUUUUCAGUGUCAAAGCUUCAGACCGGGAUCUGGACGGCAACGCCCGGGUCACUUACUCCAUCCUGCGCAGCAGCAUCCAGGAGCUCCCUGUCUCCUCCUACGUGUCCAUCAACUCCCAGACCGGAGCGCUGUACGCGCAGCGCUCCUUCGACUACGAGCAGUUCCGGGCGUUCGAGCUGCAAGUGAAGGCCCAAGACGGCGGGUCGCCGCCUCUCAGCAGCAACGUCACCGUCAGCGUGUUUAUCCUGGAUCGGAACGACAACGCCCCUCGCAUCCUGUAUCCCUCGCUCGGGCCCGAGGGCUCGGCCGUGUUCGAGAUGGUCCCUCGCUCUGCCGAGGCGGGUUAUCUGGUGACGAAGGUGGUGGCGGUGGAUGCGGACUCGGGACACAACGCCUGGCUCUCCUACCAUGUGCUGCAGGCCACGCAGCCGGCGCUCUUCCGGCUGGGGCUGCACAGCGGGGAGAUCCGGACCGCGCGCGCCUUUGCGGACAGAGAUGCGGUGAAGCACCGGCUGGUCGCCCUGGUGAAGGACAACGGGCAGCCGCCUCUCUCCGCCACCGUGACUCUGAGCCUGGUGUUCGCCGAGAACUUCCAAGAGGCUCUUCCGGAAAUGAGCGACCGGUCGGCUGAGUCGGCGCCGCAGUCUGAUUUGCAGUUCUACUUGGUGUUGGCCUUGGCCUUGGUCUCGUUUCUCUUCCUCCUGACGGUGACACUGGCCAUUGCGAUGAGAUUGCGGCGGUCAGGAAAUCCCCAGUUACUUCAGUGUUUUGGUCCUGAGCCUUAUUCCAAGACGGGCUCCAUGUUCCCACCAAACUAUGAAGAUGGGACUUUGCCUUAUUCCUACCAGCUGUGUUUGUCCUCGGACUUAAAGGGGAAUAACUGCACCUUCCUGAGACCCAGUGCACAGGUAGCGGAGCAUGUUCUGCGCAGUGAGAGCUCUGGGAUGUCACUAGUGAGCAAUGGAUGUAGCGUCUUAAAAUCUGAAACAGAGACUACUGACAUGGUAAGGUUCUGCUGCUGUGGUUUAUGUGAUUUUUAG